CGAGGAGGGGGCAGAACCAGCAGCCCCAUGAAGGAAAUGGCACUGGCGAGGAGACGCCGAGGGAAGCCUGCCGGGAAUUGCUGAUGCCAGUCAGAAUAGACCGGGGUGGGCAAAGAAUAGCCCGGAAGACAAUUGGCCAAAUCAGAUCUCCAUUGGGCAGCCAGCCGCACAGAGACUUCGGUGGAAUGACUGGCUGGCCGGCUGGCUGGCUGACUGGCUGAAGGAAGGAAGGAGCCGAUCCAAGGAAGAACGAGAGAGACUUUAGGAAUACAGAUACAUGCCAACGGUGGCGGACUUGCUGCUGUGGAUUUCCAUUCAUUCGGGCUCUCUGUGGAUUACCUCUUCGUAAUUCCGAGGAGGAGUGGGGAGGAACUGGGAGCCCCCCCCCCCCCGCGCGAAAGAAACCAGAGGCAUUCUUUAGCUUGGAACCAUGUGAGGCACCCUGCUACAGCAAGAGACACAUACAGGGAGUUCUGAGGGUCGCAUUCUGUUGCCUCUUCACUCCUUACUGCAGGAUGGAAAAGAGAAAGAUCUGGCCUCAGAUAUGGGUCUCCGAUGGCUGGUCAGUGGCCUUGGUGUUUCUUUGUUUGGUUUCUUUUUCAAGAAAUGCUGCAAGCACUUCCAUUUUCAAUUCUUUUCAUUCUGAGAACCGUGACUGGACUUUCAACCACUUGACUGUCCAUCAGGCCACUGGAGCAGUCUAUGUGGGAGCCAUCAAUCGGGUUUAUAAGCUGUCUGGAAACUUGACCAUCUUGGUAGCUCACAAGACAGGACCUGAGGAGGACAACAAGUCUUGCUACCCGCCACUCAUAGUGCAACCCUGCAGUGAGAUUUUGACUCUCACCAACAAUGUUAACAAGCUGCUGAUCAUUGACUACUCUGAAAAUAGGUUGUUAGCCUGUGGAAGCCUCUACCAGGGAGUAUGCAAACUUCUGCGACUGGAUGAUCUUUUCAUACUAGUGGAACCAUCUCACAAAAAAGAGCACUAUCUUUCCAGUGUUAACCAGACUGGAACUAUGUAUGGAGUUAUAGUUCGUUCUGAGGGUGAGGAUGGGAAGCUAUUCAUUGGUACUGCAGUGGAUGGCAAACAGGAUUACUUCCCCACUCUCUCCAGCCGCAAGCUGCCACGUGACCCAGAAUCAUCAGCAAUGUUGGAUUAUGAGCUCCACAGUGACUUUGUUUCAUCUCUCAUCAAAAUCCCUUCAGACACACUGGCCCUGGUCUCACACUUUGAUAUCUUCUACAUCUAUGGAUUUGCCAGCGGCAAUUUUGUCUAUUUUCUAACUGUCCAACCAGAGACACCUGAGGGUGUAUCUAUCAACUCAGCCAGUGAUCUCUUCUACACAUCUCGAAUUGUGCGUCUCUGCAAGGAUGAUCCCAAGUUCCACUCUUAUGUAUCUCUGCCUUUUGGCUGUGUCAAGGGUGAUGUGGAAUAUCGACUCCUACAGGCUGCCUUCCUUUCUAAGCCAGGGAAUGUGCUGGCCAGGUCUCUCAAUAUUACUGGUCAAGAUGAUGUCCUUUUUGCCAUCUUCUCCAAAGGGCAGAAACAGUAUCACCAGCCCCCUGAUGAUUCAGCUCUUUGUAUCUUCCCCAUCCGUGCAAUAAAUGCCCAAAUUAAGGACCGCCUGCAGUCUUGCUACCAGGGAGAAGGCAACCUGGAACUCAACUGGCUGCUAGGGAAAGAUGUUCAGUGUACCAAGGCGCCAGUCCCAAUAGAUGAUAACUUCUGUGGAUUGGAUAUUAACCAGCCACUGGGAGGCUCUGUACCUGUAGAGGGAGUGACUCUUUACACUUCCAGCCGGGAUCGGAUGACUUCUGUCACUUCCUAUGUCUACAAUGACUACAGUGUGGUAUUUGUGGGGACUAAGAGUGGCAAACUGAAAAAGAUCCGGGCAGAUGGGCCCCCCUAUGGUGGUAUUCAGUAUGAAGUGGUGCCAAUUUUCAAGGAUGGAAGUCCUAUUCUUCGUGACAUGGCCUUUUCCACAGAUCAUAAUUACCUCUAUGUGAUGUCAGAAAGACAGGUGUCCCAGGUUUCUGUUGAAUCCUGUGAACAGUACACAACCUGUGGAGAAUGUCUGAGCUCAGGAGACCCUCACUGCGGAUGGUGUGUUCUACACCACACGUGUUCCCGGAAAGACAAGUGUGAGAGAGCAAUUGAACCAUACCGAUUUGCAGCCAGCAUCAACCAGUGUAUGAGUAUCAUUGUGCAGCCCAGCAGUAUCCCAGUUUCUGAGCACAGCCUUCCACUCAGUUUGCUAGUGAGUGAUGCACCUGACCUGUCAACGGGUAUCACCUGCGUAUUUGGAAACCUCACAGAAGUGGAAGGUCAAGUUUUGGGCAACCAGAUUGUAUGCAUCUCACCAGUAUCUAAGGAUGUCCCUGCCAUACCUGUGGACCAGGACUGGUUUGGAAUAGAGCUGCUGCUGAAAUCCAAAGAGACAGGCAAGAUGUUUGUCAGCACUGAGUUCAAAUUCUACAACUGCAGUGCCCACCAAUUGUGCCUUUCUUGUGUGAACAGUGCUUUUCGUUGCCACUGGUGUAAAUAUCGGAACCUCUGUACCCAUGAUCCCACAACGUGCUCAUUUCAAGAGGGGCGGAUCAAUGUUUCUGAGGAUUGCCCACAGCUGUUCCCUACAGAAGAGAUUCUGAUCCCUGUUGGUGAGGUGAAGCCCAUCACCUUGAAGGCCAGAAAUUUACCACAGCCUCAGUCUGGCCAGCGUGGCUAUGAGUGUGUCCUCAACAUCCAAGGCGUGAUUCAUCGUGUGCCUGCUCUUCGCUUCAACAGCUCAAGUGUCCAGUGCCAGAAUAGCUCAUAUCUCUACGAUGGAAUGGACAUCAGUAACUUAGCAGUAGAUUUUGCUGUAGUUUGGAAUGGAAACUUCAUCAUUGACAACCCAGAGGAUUUGAAAGUUCACCUGUAUAAAUGUGCUGCUCAGCGGGAAAGCUGUGGGUUGUGCUUGAAAGCAGACCAGAAAUUUGAGUGUGGCUGGUGCACUGUAGAAGGGAGGUGCACACUACGUCAGCACUGCCCCUCAUCUGUUGGGGGAUGGGGAAGGUGGCUUGACUGGUCAAGCAGGAAUGUCAAGUGCUCCAACCCACGCAUCACUGAGAUUCUAACAGUGUCAGGCCCACCAGAAGGAGGAACACGAGUCACAAUUCGCGGUGUUAACCUGGGCUUGGAUAUCUCUGAGAUUACCCACAAUGUGCAUGUGGCUGGUGUGGAAUGUACGCCGCUGGAGGACCAGUAUAUAAUUGCUGAGCAAAUCGUGUGUGAAAUGGGGCAGGCAGAACCUGGAAUCAGCUCUGGUCCUGCUCUUCUUUGCAUUGGAGAAUGCAAGGCAGAAUUUGUGGCCAAGUCUGCACAGCAUUACACAUUUGUGAAUCCUACAGUAAGCUCCUUGAGUCCUAGCCGUGGGCCGGAAUCAGGAGGGACCAUGGUGACCAUCACUGGCCAUUUUCUUGGGGCUGGCAGCAGUGUGUCGGUGUUGCUUGGUAACCAGACCUGCGAGUUUUAUGGGAGGUCCAUGAAUGAAAUUGUAUGUGUCUCUGCCCCCUCUUCUCAUGGCCUUGGCUCUAUUCAUGUCUCAGUUGCUGUGGAUCGGGCACAGUUAGAAAGCACCUUGCAGUUUGAAUACAUCGAUGAUCCCAAAGUUCAACGCAUUGAUCCUGAAUGGAGCAUAGCCAGUGGUCACACACCUCUAACUAUCACAGGGACCAAUCUGGAUGUCAUCCAAGAGCCCAGGAUUCGAGUGAAGUACAAUGGCAAGGAGUCUGUCAAUGUCUGUAAAGUUGUAAAUACAACUACCCUGACUUGUCUGGCUCCCUCCCUUACCCCAGAGUACCGUCCUGGUUUGGAUGCUGUUGAACGACCUGAUGAGUUUGGCUUCAUCUUUAACAAUGUUCAGUACUUACUAAUCUACAAUGAUACCAAGUUUAUCUAUUACCCAAACCCCACCUUUGAGCUCCUGAGUCCUACAGGUAUACUGGAGCAGAAGCCAGGAUCACCCAUUAUCCUGAAGGGUAAAAAUCUAUGCCCACCUGCCUCUGGUGGAGCAAAACUGAACUACACUGUUCUGAUUGGAGAGACUCCUUGCGCUGUCACUGUGUCGGAGACCCAGCUGCUGUGUGAGCCUCCAAAUCUCACUGGGCAACACAAAGUUAUGGUACAUGUAGGUGGCAUCAUCUUCUCCCCUGGCUCAGUGAACGUGAUCUCUGACAGCCUAUUGACUUUGCCAGCAAUUGUCAGCAUUGCAGCAGGAGGCAGCCUUCUCCUCAUUAUUGUAAUCAUUGUCCUUAUUGCCUACAAACGCAAGUCCCGUGAAAAUGAUCUCACCCUCAAGAGGCUACAAAUGCAGAUGGACAACCUGGAGUCUCGAGUGGCCCUCGAAUGCAAGGAAGCUUUUGCAGAGCUGCAGACAGACAUCAAUGAGUUAACCAGUGACCUGGACCGCUCUGGGAUUCCAUACCUUGACUAUCGCACGUAUGCUAUGAGGGUCCUUUUCCCUGGCAUUGAGGACCACCCUGUCCUGCGUGAGCUAGAGGUCCAAGGAAAUGGGCAGCAAAAUGUUGAAAAGGCCUUGAAGCUCUUUGCCCAGCUGAUCAACAACAAGGUCUUCCUGCUGACAUUCAUUCGGACCUUGGAGAUGCAGCGCAGUUUCUCCAUGCGGGACCGUGGCAAUGUGGCUUCACUCAUCAUGACAGGGCUUCAGGGAAAGCUAGAAUAUGCCACUGAUGUCUUGAAGCAGUUGUUGUCUGACCUGAUUGAGAAGAACUUAGAGAACAAGAAUCAUCCCAAGUUGCUCCUGCGCAGGACUGAGUCAGUGGCUGAGAAGAUGUUGACUAACUGGUUUGCUUUUCUCCUCCAUAAAUUCCUAAAGGAAUGUGCUGGGGAGCCACUCUUUAUGCUGUACUGUGCCAUCAAGCAACAGAUGGAGAAAGGCCCAAUCGAUGCUAUUACAGGAGAGGCGCGUUAUUCCCUGAGUGAGGACAAGCUUAUUCGGCAGCAGAUUGAAUACAAAACUCUAAUCUUAAACUGUGUGAAUCCUGACAAUGAGAACAGUCCUGAGAUUCCUGUGAAGGUGCUCAACUGCGAUACCAUCACUCAGGUUAAAGAGAAGAUUCUGGAUGCAGUGUACAAAAAUGUCCCAUACUCACAAAGACCUCGAGCCGUUGACAUGGACUUAGAGUGGCGUCAGGGCCGAAUAGCACGUGUGGUCCUUCAGGAUGAAGAUAUCACCACCAAAAUUGAAGGUGACUGGAAGCGGUUAAAUAGCCUGAUUCAUUAUCAGGUGUCUGAUCGCUCUGUAGUUGCUCUUGUUCCCAAGCAAACCUCUUCCUACAACAUUCCUGCUUCUGCCAGCAUAUCACGGACCUCAAUUAGCAGAUAUGCUUCUUUCUCCUCCUACCCAGAUUCCACAUUUCGGUACACAGGCAGUCCAGACAGUCUUCGCUCCAGGGCACCCAUGAUUACCCCAGAUCUAGAAAGUGGGGUGAAAGUUUGGCAUUUAGUCAAGAAUCAUGAUCAUGGUGACCAGAAGGAGGGUGAUCGGGGCAGCAAGAUGGUAUCAGAGAUCUACUUGACCAGGCUGCUAGCUACAAAGGGUACUCUGCAAAAGUUUGUAGAUGACUUGUUUGAGACCUUGUUCAGCACUGUGCACCGAGGCAGCGCUCUCCCACUGGCCAUCAAAUAUAUGUUUGAUUUCCUUGAUGAACAAGCUGAUAAGCAUGGCAUCCAUGACACAGAUGUGAGGCAUACCUGGAAAAGCAACUGUCUUCCUCUGCGCUUCUGGGUGAAUGUAAUUAAAAACCCCCAGUUUGUCUUUGACAUCCACAAAGGAAGUAUCACAGAUGCCUGUCUCUCAGUCGUGGCCCAAACCUUUAUGGAUUCAUGCUCCACAUCAGAGCACCGCCUUGGCAAGGACUCCCCCUCCAACAAGCUGCUGUAUGCCAAGGACAUUCCCAGCUAUAAGAGCUGGGUAGAGAGGUAUUAUGCAGAUAUUGCAAAACUCCCAGCCAUCAGUGACCAAGACAUGAAUGCCUACCUCGCAGAGCAGUCACGUCUGCAUGCUGUUGAUUUCAACAUGCUGAGUGCACUCAAUGAAAUCUACUCCUAUGUCAGCAAAUACAGUGAAGAGAUCAUUGGGGCUCUGGAACAAGAUGAGCAGGCGCGCCGGCAGCGCCUAGCAUACAAAGUAGAACAACUUAUUGGUGCCAUGUCUAUGGAGAGCUGAAGAAAGGAGCAGGAACUCCUGGAGCAAGGAGAUGGAAGUGGUUAUCACAAAGACUUCUGGGAAUUAAAAGUUAGAACAGGCAUUAUACCUGACACACUGUAACAACUGGCCAAAGGAAGCAGAAGUUGGCCCAGAUACUUAGCUCAAAAUCACUCAUCUGAUUCCAGUUGAAAGAACAGGAGAGAACAAACAUCAACACUGUAUUUCUAAAACCGUUGGAUCCACCAAGAUGUUGAGCUCCUCAAGUUGUACACCUAGAAAGGUCCAUGGGAAGGCCGGAUCCCUUCGUGACUGCUGCUUUGCAUGAAAGUUAUUUGAUGUAUAUUAAGAGAGAACAAAAACACUAUUUAAAGGAUUUUUUUUUCUUUUUUAAAGAAAAAGGAAAGAAAGAAGAAAAAUGAAAUGGGACAAAACCACAGUGGCCACGUCAAAUAUCUGUCAAAAAAGAUUCUGCUGCACACACUGCCCCUCUGCUCUCAUGAGUUGUUUAUGACUCAAGUGGAUGGUUUGUGAUGGAUGAUCAACCCAUUGGGAAUGUUUGAAAAAACUCAGUUAUUUCUCUUCCUUGGAACUUACAGAAACCCCAUAAGCACAAAUUUGCACCAAACCUUUUUAAAUGAAGGAAAUUGUGCAGUUGGGGAAGAAGUCCAGUCAUUUGUGCCUUCAAGAGGCACUUAGCAGCCACAUACCAGAGUGGAAAAGCCAUCCAGUCAGUCAACCCAUCUAUUCUGAAGUCUUCUUUGGCUAUAUAUUUAUAGAGUAUGGUAUUUUUUUAACAAUCCCGUUUACCAUUGGAGGGGCACUAUAAUUUUUGAAAGUCCUUUAUUCCUCUUCUACCUUGACAAAAACUCCACCCUGCUGCAAAGAUUCUCCCUCUUUCUGUGUAUGUGACCACUGUGUCCCUAAGGAAUGUCCUGUCCUUUUGACACUGAGGAAAUUGUGAGUGGUUUAAACUGAAACUGGCACAUUGUGGGCUUCUGCAGGUGCAAUCUGUGUAAAAUACAAUUGGCGUUGUUAGUUGCUUUGGGGUGCUGGGUUGGUUAGCUUUUUUAUUUUCCCUAGUCAUUAUGUGUUUUCUUGCAGUAAAAAUGUUUACAGCAAGCAAUACUUGAACAGAGUAGUCCUAGUGAGAUGACAUAUUUAUUGCUUUCCCCUCUUUGGAUUCCCUGAUACUUAUGUGAUCAGGACAAAGGGCAUUUGCAUUUUGAUCACACCAUAUGUGUGGUAAUGCAAACAUCAAGCGCAAGACUUCUUUGUCCACUGGGAGGGUGAGGUGUGGAGGAACCUUCUGUCUUGUCAAAAGGAAGUAGCACACUCCAUGUGCUGGUUAAUGGCUAUUGUCUUUGUCCAUGCGUUUUGUCUUGGGUUAGGUUUCUUAGCUGACCCCACCAGCCCAUUUCUUAGUGGAAGCCUGAUGUCUGUGAUUUGUUGUUCCUGUCACAAAAAGACCAAAGCUUUCUUGUCCCUUCCAAGAGUGCCAAGUAGCAGGUGGAAUGCUGUACAUAUUUCUCUCUAUAAUAAAUAUUAAUAUUUGUGCAGACUGCAGUUAGGAAGGAUGAUCAG